AGAGCCGGGCCCCGCCUGGAAUCCCGCUUUCCCGCCGGCCCAGGCACUCCGAGCCGCCCUAUGCAGACUCUACAAAGGUCCUUCAGGGUCCCGCAGAGGUGCGUACCCUGGCGUCCGAGAAUGCUCACACUAAGCCCUGCCGCCGGAUCCCUGGAACUGAAAAUAGGAUGCUGGCUGCUUCCGGAACUCCAAAAGUGACCCCACCUACCCAAUAUGCUCAGCGCCUCACCGGUCGUGGGUACCGCUCAGUUCAUUUCCGACGCCACCGCCACAUUGCCGCGGCCGGCGUGAGGGGGUUGGACCUUCCUAUCUCGUCUGAGCGGGGCGGGACCCGGAAGUAGAACCUAAAGGCUCUCCGUCACACCCCACGCAGUUCCCACAGUGCUCCGCGACAGUCGCCAUGGAGGUUGGCCACACAGCUGUGCUCCGCGUGAAGCGGAAGCGGAAUGCGGAGCCCGCCGAGGCUCUUGUCCUAGCUUGUAAACGCCGCCGGAACGAUGCAGUGGAGUCGGCAGCCCAAAAGACUCCCCCCGAGGGUCUGCAGAGAGCAGCAGAGAAUAAUGUCUUCCAGUUAGUGGCUACCGUGCGCUCCCAGGAGGAGCCGGUCCAGCCGCUCUUGCGGGCCGCUUUGCGCCCAUCCUGGGGCAGCCAGCAGCGUAUCCGCCGCGACCUCCGCGCGUCGGCUCGGGAGAUCCGGCAGGAGGGCCGCUACAGGGUGGUCUCUAGCCUUCGAUCCUCCUCGGGAAUUACCUCAGAUGGCUUGGAGUCCGAGGACGUGCGGGGAAACCCAGAAGCCAACGAUGACGCAGGCUUCCAGCUGUUGGAUCUGGUCCACGAAGGAGGAGACCCAGAGGUGGCUGCUGCUGCCGGGUCCUGCAAAGUAUCUGACCCAAAUGUGAUCCUCUGCAAUUCUGUAGAGUUGAUCCGUGAGCGGUUGACUAUAUCUGAGGAUGGGCCAAGCAUCAGGCACUGGGAGGAACAGAAUGACUACGUUUAUGACAUUUACUACUUGGAGACGGCCACUCCAGGGUGGAUUGAGAAUAUCCUCUCUGUGCAGCCCUACAGCCAGGAAUGGGAGCUGGUGAAUGAUGACCAACAACCGGGGGACAUUUAUGAAGAUGAAGAUGAUGAGAAUAGUGAAAAUAAUUGGCGCAAUGAGUACCCAGAGGAGGAGAGCAGUGAUAGAGAUGAAGAUUCCAGAGGCUCUGAUGAAUCCAGUAGCCUCAGUGAAGAGGAGAGAGGCAACAGCAGACUACAGAUGUGGAGCAAGUACCCUUUGGAUGUGCAGAAGGAGUUUGGCUAUGACAGCCCUCAUGACCUGGAUUCAGAUUGAGGAUCCUGUGAUAACCAUGAGGUUCUAUCACAGGCCCUUGAGGGCUCUGACUGCAGCAUGAGCCAACCUGGUAAUGGGUUUCCUGACAUAACAGAAGGAAAAAGCACAUCCAACAGCACCAUCCUGUCAAUGAAAACUUGUGCUGAAGGAGUGUGUCUUUCCCACUAAUAGUAGGGCCCCUUUGCCUCAAUCAAAAGUGACCCUACAGUUUGGGGGACAUUUGGGGGGGGGGGAAGGCCAUAAAAAUGAAGCUUCCUGGCCUAAGCAUUUUACUGCUCUUCUACGCUGAAGCCAGUAAGUGGAGGAGAGGAUCCUGUUUUAUCAGAGCUAAGGUUCAGCUUUCCCAUACCACCAGGAUGCCUCCAGUAAAAAUCUGUUCUUUUGACAAGGGGAAUCUAGAAGGGCUACAUUGGGUCCCUUGUAGCAGCACAGACUGCAUAGUAUUGACCAUUAGGAAAAGUAGUAGAAUCUGCCCGUGCUGUGGGGAGUUUUAGUUAACAAUUGUCUCUACCUCCCUGCUUCCUAUGAUAAUGAUUAUAAACACUGCUGUCUUGAGCAGUGGUGCCAAGGAAUAGGGUGUGUGUGAAUGUGCAUUUAGUAAAAACACUUUAAAUAUGGGAGCAAGUAAGUCCUUUAAAAUCUUUUAAAUCUGAAUAUAUUAGGUGUUUACCCAUUGUGCUCCCUCUCCUCUCCCUGCCCCCCACCAAAAAUGGGGGAGUUAGUGAGAUAGAAGUUUCAGAAUUGACCUUUAAAUUAGGAAAGGACUUAAGGCAAAUUAGGAAAAGGAAAACCCAUCCUGAACUUAGUUUUCCAUUGAGAAAUGUUUAUAUAUUCACAGCACUCACCAAAAACUAUCAAUAAGACCAAUUUUUUCCACCAGAAUUUAUAUCUCUUUCCCUGCCCCUUCCAAACCACAGAUGCCUUAACUCUGACUGAGUUAGCAUUUAGUCUUCUAAUGUAACAUUGUUCCGUAGAACUUUCUCCAAAGACUAAUAUGUUCUAUGCAUGCACUGUGCAUUAGUAGCCAUUAGCCUCAUGUGGCUGAGCACUUUUUUUUUUUCUU